UUGACUGCACAACUUUUCCUGAAAUUUCCUACUCUGCUGGAGGACCCACACCACAAAGAGACACCAUGAAGAGCACGCUGCUGAGGAUGCUGGCCACACUGAUGUGUGCAUUAGCCGCUUGUGCGGAGGUCGUGCCUGUUGCAGAUUUUGACCUGCAAAAGAUGUCAGGCAAGUGGUAUAUGGUUGGCUUCGCCACCAACGCUCCAUGGUUUGUGAACCACAAAGCAAGCAUGAAAAUGGGGGUUGCCAUCAUAACACCAACUGCAGGAGGAGACAUGGACCUGUCUUAUACAAACCUGAAUGCUGAUGGAAGCUGCUGGAGAAUGACUCACCUCGCAAAGAAAACAGACAAUCCCGGACGCUUCACCUUCCACAGCCAGGUUUGGAACAACGACAAUGACAUGCGCAUUGUUGAUGUCGUGUACGAUGACUACGCUCUGGUCCACACAGUCAAGACAAGGGAAGGAGUGUCUGAGGUCCUCAAUAAGCUUUACAGCCGCUCUACUGAGGCCAGUGAUGUCCUGAAGCAGAGGUUCACACAGCUCUCUCUUAACACCGGCAUCCUUGCUGACAACAUUGCCUUCCUGCCUCAAAAUGGUGAGUGUCCAAGUGUCUAAGAAGUCCCCUGCUGCUGCCAAUUCUCCAAUCUGUAUCAUCUGCCAAGGCUUUCCUCUCAGAAGAGUCCGAUUUCUCCUCACAGCUACAUCUGAGACAAUAUACCUUUUACUUCAAUACCACCUGCAUACCAAAGAGCUUUUCCAGACCUAACUCAGACCCAAAUAUCUUCAAUUUACACCUCACACUGCUGCAUCAGAGCGGACCAACUAAGGCCAAGUGGAAAACAUAAGGAAAGAAAACACAGACUGUAAAAGCUGUUCAUUUUUUUUUAAACAAGUGUGCCUUUUUUAGCUGCUGAUUUCCUUUUUUAGUAGUGUUUUACGUUCUGUUGAAACGAGCUCAAAACCAAUAAAAUAUAAAACACA